CUUUUGAGGUAUUUUUGUAUUGACACUAAACAUUUACUCUUCUUAUUUCUCCCUGCAACGUCGUCCAAAAAAAUGAGCGCAGUUGCACACCCAAUCGCUCAUUGGUUUAAUUUCCCAGAAAACAUCGAAAAAAUAAUGUUGCCUUCACGGGCUCACGACAGUCGUGAGAACGGGAACAAAGGAAUUAGUAGCAUACUGGCCGACAUUUUGGACACUCCUAAGGAGAUCAUUUUCUAUUUAGAUGUUCCGGGCUUGUCCAAGUCUGAUAUCCAGGUUACUGUCGAAGAUGAGAAUACUCUGGUGAUCAAAAGCGGUGGGAAGAGGAAACGUGAGGAAGUAGAAGAGGAAGGGUGUAAAUACAUAAGACUCGAGAGGAAGGCAGCCCAAAAGCUUAUGAGGAAGUUCCGGUUGCCUGAGAAUGCUAACUUGUCGGCUAUUACGGCUAAAUGUGAGAAUGGGGUUUUGACUGUGGUGGUCGAGAAGCUUCCUCCGCCACCAAAGCCUAAAACAGUUGCAAUUGCUUAAGAUGAUGAUGAAUGCGUGAGGGUGGUGGCCCAUGGUUUUUGUUGAACAAAACAAGUUAUUCUACGGAAACAGCAAUAGGAGGAUGGAUAGGUUUAGGUGUUGAAGGUUUUGAGGUUUCUCAACUUUGGGAACUGGAGGAAUCAAACCAUGUUUGUCGUCUUUAGAUGUUGAUCUGUGUACGUUCUUUUGUUUGCAAUGUAAGGGUAAUCGGGUAGAUUUGCGCCUUUUAUCG